AUGAUUAAACAACAACAACCACGACAACUUAAGGCACAGACCAUUACAUACGCCUUAUAUGCAUAUAAUUCAAAGACGGCAGAACAAACGCAAAGGUUGAAAUAUGGAGAUUUGGAGAUAGUAUUGAAAAAUGACCAUUUCGAAUUCGUUUGCAAGGGUGGUGCAGUGAUAUCAAAUAUAAAAGAAAUUUUAUUUAUGAAUUCUAAAAUUAAAGGAAUAACGGAUGAUAUAACAUCAAUUCCACCAGAAGAACAAAGAUAUUACGCAUUAAAUGCAUUUCCUAAAGUUUUGAAGAUUGGAAGAUUUAAUUUAAAUGAGGAAUUCAUAAAAGGUUUCCUAAAUGACAUAAUGAAGAAGGCAGAUAAGGAAUAUGUCAACAGUGAGUUAAUGAAGAAGGCAAAUAAGGAAUAUGUCAACAGUGAGUUAGAGAAGAAAGCAGAUAAGGAAUAUGUGGAUAGUGAGUUAAUGAAGAAAGCAGAUAAGGAAUAUGUGGUUAGUGAGUUAGAGGAGAAAGCAGAUAAGGGACUUGUGGCUAGUGCAUUAAUGAAGAAAGCAGAUAAGGAAUAUGUUAAUGAAAAAGAUAAUGAAAUUAAAGAAAUGGUUGGAUGGUAUCAUGAAUGGACAUCAAAGAUUUUAAAAACUAAAGCUGAUACAGGAUGGGUUUCAGGAUGUUUAGACCUUAAAGCGGAUAAAACUUAUGUCAACAGUGAGUUAGAGAAGAAAGCAGAUAAGGAAUAUGUGGAUGGUGAGUUAGAGGAGAAGGCAGAUAAGACUCAUACACAUACAAGUUUUACAACUUUUACAGCAGAUGAUAUUACACUAAACACAACCUUGCCAAGUAAAGGUCCAACAAUACCACCGGCAACAAGUCUAGUAGAUACUUUGAUAUCUAAUGACAAUAGUAUUAUGCAUCUAAGACAGGAACUCAAUGUGCUUAAACAAAUUUUGCCGAAUCUUAUUUACCCGGUUGGCUCAUUAUAUGUUUCAAUGAACUCUACCAGACCAGAAGUAGUACUUGGUGUUGGUGCAUGGGAACAAAUAGUCGACAGGUUUUUGUAUUGUGCAAACUCUUCAAAGGAAAUGGGUGGAAGUAAAACGAUUACAGGUGAAAAUUUACCUGCACACAGUCACUACAUAGAUUUAAGCACAUCUCAAGCAGGUUGGCAUAAGCAUAGAUAUUGGGAUUGGUCAGGAAUGACAAAAGGUAAAGGAUAUGAUGUUAAAGAUGACGUUAAGUUUGCCAUAAAUUGUUACUGGAGUGACACUCAGGGAGAAGGAAACCAUACACAUCACGUUUCAGGAUAUACACAAACAACGGGACAAAGUAAAGAAUACAUGCCACCAUUUAUGACAGUUUACGCAUGGUAUAGAGUUCAAUGA